CCUGCACUUUUUCAACUCUCAGUCGCUAUAUUGACAAAGAAGGCUACUGUGUAACUCGACCCGUCUGCUUCUUGCUGUGAAGUGCACCGCCUCAGUGACACCCUCCUUUUAUAAUAAACUCGAGCAAAUAAAUGCAUAAAGUAAUUAUUCACGUACUUCGCUAGUUUGUGAGUUUCUGUAUCGUGUGUGAAUGCGGGGCUUGGUGUAGGUGGUAAGCGAACAGCUGCCCUAUGAAUCCAUAGGCUGGCCCGCAGCGAAUCAUGGGCUCGGCGCGUCAUGUGCUGCUGAAGCUUUGACGAGGCGCUUGGGAACGGCGCUUGGGUCGCGUUAAAUUGUUCACAAGCUCAUUAUAGCCCAACCUGCCCGCGCAUCACACAGACCUAUCCGCGUUGUUUCCCAGGCUCGUUUGAGCAAAGUCGGGAGGAGGCAGGCAGAGAUGCAGAAGCGAGGGACCGUGUGUCGCUCUGCUGCAGCACCCCGGCUCCAGGACAGCUCCUUGUGAUUAUUAUUAGUAUCACUGUGUUGCUCUUGUUGGGGUGGUGAUGACACUGUCUGCAUGUCCCCCCGGAUGUUCGUGCCGCUGGAUUGUGGUCCUUGCUUUGAAGUACAGAUGAUGGUGACGGUGAUGACGAUGAUAAUGAUCAGGAGGAAUCUGCCGUCGUCCGGAAAAGCAUAGACGAUAUUUAUAUAACACUGCACAAGCGAGGAGAAGAAGAGUCAAUUAAUCGACAACAAAUCCGAUCGUGUCGUGAGAGAGAGAGAGGCUGACAGAGACAGGGGUGGUGUGGGGAAUUAGAACCCGUACUCGAGCAAACUGUGAGGAGGGUGCAAAAAAAAAAAAAUUAAAAAAAAAAAUCUAAAAAUAACAAAAUCAACCACCUGAAUGAGAAGAGAAAUGCACAUCUGAUUUCCCGGUGGUGGUGUUUUUUGUAACAGCUGUAAAGGCAAGAAUCAGCAGCGAUACUGUAUCAAGAAACACAGCGGAGAAAAAAAAAAACACACACAAAAUAUGCAAAUUAUUUGAAAAAAUAAUAAAACCCAAACUGUCAGGAGGGUCGCGGGGACAGGCACGGACGCGUCUUGCCUUUCCAUAUCUAUAUAUCAACGGACAGUUUUUUUUUUUUUUUUUUUUUUUUGUGGAAAAUAUCAAGACCUAAUAAUAAAAAAACAAUUGUAUGUCUAUCGAGUAUUGAAGCAGAUGGGGUGUAAUGUGGUUGUGUUGCACAGUCUCUUCUACUCUGCUGCUUCGUAACGAUUGGCGUUUGGUGUCUGUAGAAUGGCGAGGUUUGGAGACGAGGUGCCGGCCAGGUAUGGAGGCGUCCCCGGGCAAGGGGGCCCCGGACGUGGUGGGAGCAGACAGGGCGGCCCGCCCGGCGCCCAGAGGAUGUACAAGCAGUCGAUGGCACAGCGAGCCCGGACCAUGGCCCUUUACAACCCGAUCCCGGUCCGACAGAACUGCCUCACAGUCAACCGGUCCCUCUUUCUGUUCAGCGAGGAUAACCUGGUGAGAAAAUACGCUAAAAAAAUCACCGAAUGGCCAUAUCCUUUCAAACAAAUGCCUUUUAAAAUCGAUGACACUGAACCUUAUUUCAUUGCGAUCUUUUGCUUCGAGUCUGGAAUUAAAAUCCUGGCUCUGGGAUUCGCGCUGCACAAGGGGUCCUACCUGCGGAACGGCUGGAACAUCAUGGACUUCGUGGUCGUUUGCACGGGCAUCCUGGCGACGGUGGGCUCGGACUUUGACCUGCGAACUCUGCGGGCAGUGCGAGUGCUGCGGCCCCUCAAGCUUGUGUCAGGAAUCCCGAGUUUACAAGUGGUUCUCAAGUCCAUCAUGAAGGCCAUGAUCCCUCUGCUGCAGAUCGGGCUGCUCCUGUUCUUUGCUAUCCUCAUGUUUGCCAUCAUCGGGCUGGAGUUCUACAUGGGCAAGUUUCACACCACCUGCUUCGACAUCUUCACAAGGGAGAUGCGGGAGGACUACCCCUGCGGGAAGGAGCCUCCGUCCCGGCUGUGUCCCAACGGGACAGAGUGCCGAGGGUAUUGGAUCGGACCCAACUACGGCAUUACCCAGUUCGACAACAUCCUAUUCGCUGUGCUCACCGUCUUCCAGUGCAUCACCAUGGAGGGCUGGACCGACCUUCUCUACUAUAGCAAUGAUGCCUCAGGGAAUGCCUGGAACUGGUUAUACUUCAUCCCGCUCAUCAUCAUCGGCUCCUUCUUCAUGCUGAAUCUGGUGCUGGGUGUCCUGUCUGGGGAGUUUGCCAAAGAGAGGGAGAGGGUUGAGAACAGGAGCGAGUUCCUGAAACUGCGGCGGCAGCAGCAGAUCGAGAGGGAGCUCAAUGGCUACCUGGAGUGGAUCUGUAAAGCAGAAGAAGUGAUCCUGGCUGAGGAUGAGACGGAUCCGGAUGAUAGGAUGCCCUUUGACGGCUCCCGGAGGAGACCCACGAUCAAGAAGAGUAAGACUGAUCUGCUGAACCCCGAGGAGGGAGAGGAUCACCUGGGGGACAUUCCAUCUGUCGGCUCUCCAUUUGCCCGCUCCAGUAUUAAAAGUGUCAAGCUAGACGGCUCAACCCCCUUCAACAAGAAGGAGCGGCGGCUGAGGUUCUUUGUCCGCCGCGUGGUCAAAACUCAGGCCUUUUACUGGACUGUGCUGAGUCUGGUCGGCCUCAACACUAUGUGUGUAGCCAUCGUGCAUUACGACCAGCCAGAACUGCUCUCUGAUUUCCUGUACUUUGCAGAAUUUAUUUUCUUAGGACUCUUUAUGUCCGAAAUGUUUAUAAAAAUGUACGGACUGGGGACCAGGCCUUACUUUCACUCCUCUUUCAACUGCUUCGACUGUGCAGUUAUAAUAGGCAGUAUUUUUGAAGUUAUGUGGGCAGUAGUGCAGCCCGGAACCUCCUUCGGAAUCAGUGUUUUACGAGCUCUCAGGUUAUUGAGGAUUUUCAAAGUUACAAAGUACUGGGCAUCUCUGCGGAACCUGGUCGUGUCUCUGCUCAACUCCAUGAAGUCCAUCAUCAGUCUGCUCUUCCUGCUCUUCCUCUUCAUUGUGGUCUUCGCUCUGCUGGGCAUGCAGCUCUUUGGGGGCCAGUUUAAUUUCAAAAGCGGCACUCCACCCACCAACUUCGACACCUUCCCUGCAGCAAUAAUGACUGUGUUCCAGGUCCUGACGGGAGAGGACUGGAACAUGGUGAUGUACGACGGGAUCAAGUCUCACGGAGGAGUUAACGAGGGCAUGGUCUUCUCCAUCUACUUCAUCGUGCUCACUCUCUUCGGGAACUGUAUCCUGAGUCAACCUGCAACGAGCACGGGCAAUGCACUGAAGGAGCAGCAGAAGAACAUGAAGGGGGGAAAGUCGGUGUGGGAGCAGCGCACCAGCGAGAUCCGCAAGCAGAACCUGAUGGCCAGCAGGGAAGCGCUAUACAACGAGCUGGAACCCGAGGACCGCUGGAAGGCACAGGUAUCAUACUCACGGCACAUCCGCCCUGACAUGAAGACGCACCUGGACCGCCCCCUGGUGGUGGACCCACAGGAGAACCGCAACAACAACACCAACAAGACACGUCCGAGCGACCCGGCAGGAGAGCAGCGGCUGAGCCAGCAGCGCGCAGAGGAGUUCCUGAGGAAGCAGGCGCGCUACCAUGAGCGGCCACAGGGGGGUGGCGGUGGCGGCGGGGGCAACCGGCCCUACGAGCGUGCGGACUCCAGCGAGACCAGGAGGGGCCAGCGCAGCAGCAGCAAGGAGCCCGACCCCAACCAGCACCCGGACAUGUACCGUGGACACAACCAGGACUGCAUGGACCCCAGGGAGGGAGGGGGUGGGGGAGGAGAGCGCAACAGGGACCCCCACCGGCGCCACCAGCAUAGGCAGCCUGGCCGCAGCAAGGAGGGGCGCAGCGUGUCCCCCCGCGGAGACGGGCUGGGCGAGCCCCGCCGGCCUAAGCCUCCUCACCGCUGGCCUGGGGAGGAGGAGGAGGGGACAGGGGGGGAAGGCAGGGGCUCCGGAGGGGGGGACAGGAGAGGGGGGAGGCACAGAGGAGGGGGAGAGGGAGGUGGAGGGAACAGGGGCAUUAACCGUCAGGACACGGGAGACUCCGAGCAGCAAGACGGAGUGGACCGGAGGAGGAGGCAUCGGCAAGCAGCCCAGUCCACCUACGAGACGGAGGGCAAGAGAGAGGGAGAGCGCAGGCACCGGCGCAGGAAAGAGGGGCAGGGUAAUGGUCCCUCCUCGGGUCCGAACCUGUCCACCACGCGGCCCAUCCAGCAGGACCUGUCCCGGCAGGACAGCCAGCAGCACACAGAGGACAUCGACAACAUGAAGAACAACAAGCUGGCCACGCAGCCCCCCAACUCCCGGAGCCACGGCAACAACACCACCGCCGCGCCACAGAGCCCUGCUCGGCUGGCAAACCACAGCAACCCCAACCCCACUGCGCCCAACAACAUGCUCAACCGCAAGGCACCGGGGGGCAACGCGCCAGGGGGCAACCCGCACCAGCCCCCCGAGAACAGCUUGAUCCUCACCAAUCCCAGCUCCACCCCCACCAACAACCCGGCCAAAACCAACAGCAAGAAGCCUGAGCACACCACCGUGGACAUCCCGCCAGCCUUCCCCAAGGAGAACGCCACUCUGCAGGUGAACAAGAACGCAAACACUGAGCCGCUGCCCAAGAAGGAGGAGGAGAAGAAGGAGGAGGAAGAGGAGUUUGAGAAGCCAGGGGGCGACGGACCCAAACCAAUGCCUCCCUACAGCUCCAUGUUCAUCCUCUCCACCACCAACCCGUUCCGCAGACUGUGCCACUACAUCGUUACGCUGCGCUACUUUGACAUGUGCAUCCUACUGGUGAUCGCCAUGAGCAGCAUCGCACUGGCCGCCGAGGACCCCGUGCAGCCAGACUCCCCCCGCAACAUCGUUCUUCGGUACUUUGACUACGUGUUCACUGGCAUCUUCACUUUUGAAAUGUUAAUCAAGAUGGUGGAUCUGGGUCUGGUCCUGCACCAAGGCGCCUAUUUCCGAGACCUCUGGAACAUCCUGGAUUUUAUAGUGGUUAGUGGUGCCCUGGUGGCCUUCGCCUUCACGAGCAGCGCGCGGGGGAGCAGUAAAGGAAAAGACAUCAGCACCAUCAAGUCUCUGCGAGUCCUCCGGGUGCUGAGACCUCUCAAGACCAUCAAGCGACUGCCCAAGCUCAAGGCGGUGUUUGACUGUGUGGUGAACUCCUUGAAGAAUGUGCUCAAUAUCCUCAUUGUCUACAUGCUCUUCAUGUUCAUCUUCGCUGUGGUGGCGGUGCAGCUCUUCAAGGGACGCUUCUUCUUCUGCACCGACGAGUCCAAGGAGCUGGAGCGCGACUGCAGAGGGGAGUACCUGGUGUACGAGCGACACAACGAGGUGAAGGCGCAGAAGCGCGAGUGGAAGAAGUACGAUUUUCACUACGACAACGUGCUGUGGGCUCUGCUGACCCUCUUCACUGUGUCCACAGGAGAGGGCUGGCCACAAGUUCUGAAGCACUCCGUCGAUGCCACUUAUGAGAACCAGGGCCCCAGCCCAGGGUAUCGCAUGGAGAUGUCGAUUUUCUACGUGGUCUAUUUCGUAGUGUUCCCGUUCUUCUUUGUGAACAUUUUCGUUGCCUUGAUCAUCAUUACCUUCCAGGAACAGGGCGACAAGAUGAUGGAGGACUACAGUCUGGAGAAAAACGAGAGAGCUUGCAUCGACUUUGCCAUCAGUGCCAGGCCCCUGACGCGGCACAUGCCUCAAAACAAGCAGAGCUUCCAGUACCGCAUGUGGCAGUUCGUGGUGUCGCCGCCUUUCGAAUACACCAUCAUGGCGAUGAUCGCACUCAACACCAUCGUGCUCAUGAUGAAGUUCUACGGUGCGACAUUGGCCUACGAGGCAGUGCUAAAGAACCUGAACAUUGUGUUCACGGCACUCUUCUCAAUGGAGUGCAUCCUCAAAAUAAUUGCCUUUGGAGUUCUGAACUAUUUUCGAGAUGCAUGGAAUAUUUUUGAUUUUGUCACAGUCAUGGGCAGUGUAACUGAUAUCUUGGUGACGGAGCUAGGGCUGAGUGUGUUCUCUCUCCCUGUCUCCGUGCAGACGAUCACGGACGAGAGCCCAAUGAAGCGCUCCGCCUCCAGCCUGGGACAUGGGCGCUCCAAGGGCGUGCGGCUCGACGACUACUCGCUGGAGCGCGUCAUUCCCGAGGAGAACCAGCGCCACCACCGACGCCGAGAGAGGGGCCACCGCACCUCCGAGAGGUCACUGAGCCGCUACACUGACGCAGACACAGGACUGGGCACGGACCUCAGCACCACCACGCAGUCUGGAGACCUGCCCCCCAAGGAGAAGGACCGAGAGCGUGGCCGGCCUAAGGACCGCAGGCACCAUCACCAUCACCAUCACCACCACGGCUCCGUGGACAAGGAGCGCUACACCCCCGAGCGGCAGGACUACGGGGGCCAGCGGACACGGGACAGGCGGUGGUCACGAUCCCCCAGCGAGGGCCGAGACUGCAUGCCUCACAGACAGGGCAGUAGUUCGGUGAGUGGGAGCCCGGUCCCUUCAACGUCCGGCACCAGCACCCCGCGCCGCGGCCGGAGACAGCUCCCGCAGACCCCCGCCACUCCCCGGCCCCACGUCACCUAUUCCCCUGUGGUCCGUAAAGCCAUGAACGCGCCCCCCGGAGGCCCCCACACGCAGACCGGCAGGGUCCCCGCCCCGGCCCCUCGCCGCUUCUCCCCCCCUCCUCCUGAGCAGCUCCACCGCCACCGGAACAGCCAGUCCCCGAGGGCGCACAGGAACGCCCCCGGCAGCCGGUGGUCCACGGCCAGUUCGCACAUGUCUCAGCAGGAGGAGCACGACGCGGAUGGCGGCUGCUAUUACCAGCGCUCCGGCUCCGAGGAGGAGGACCCAGUGGCCUUCCAGGAGGUGCACAGCCACUCUCCCAGGACUGCCCGCCGGGGGCACGGCUCACCCCCCGCCUCCCGGCACCCUGCUGGCCCCCCCAGGCGGGUCCCCAACGGGUAUUACUCCUCCUCCUCCCCCCACCACCACCACCACCAUCAACAGGGACAGCAAGAGAAGCCCCCGCCGUCACCCCAGCAGCAGCUCAGAGGUGCCAGGAAGGGCCUGCAUGAACCCUACAGUGAAACAGACGAGGACGACUGGUGCUAGCCUCACACUUGGGUUGGGUUUUUUUUUUUUGUUUGUUUUGUUUUUUUAAAAGAGAAAAAAUUGAAGAAAAACAAAUAAAAAAGAG